AUGUUCACGGAGCUAAGGUCCAAGCUGAGCCCCCCGCGAGGCCGCGCCGGGGCCGUGCGCGCCGGCUUUGGGGAGCGCCGGGAUGUGGACGCCACUGCCCACUUCAGCUUCUGCCGGACCCUCCUGGAGCAUACGGUGUCUGCCGAGAGCAUGCCCUGCCACCUACCCCGGACGCCAGGCACCAGCCUCACAUGGCAUGACGCUCGCAGCCAGAGGGCGGUCAGCAACAGGCCAGUCAAGCUCCUGCAACAGCCAGGCUCAGAGCCCCCCCAGGGCCGGCUGUACUCUGACCACUAUGGCCUGUACCACACGAGCCCCUCACUGGGUGGCCUGACGCGGCCCGUGGUCCUGUGGAGUCAGCAGGACGUGUGCAAGUGGCUUAAGAAGCACUGCCCUCACAACUACCUCGUCUAUGUGGAGGCCUUCUCCCAGCAUGCCAUCACUGGCCGGGUGCUGCUGCGGCUGAAUGCGGAGAAGUUGCAGCGGAUGGGGCUCUCGCAGGAGGCACAGAGGCAGGAGGUGCUGCAGCAGGUGCUGCGCCUGCAGGUGCGAGAGGAGGGGCGGAGCCUGCAGCUGCUCAGCCAAGCUGCCAAGGGCUGGACCCCAGACCCCAGCACUGUGAUCGGAUCCCCACUGGGACGAAGCAGAGCCGGCCACGCGGCCUCUCUGGACCCUGAGGAUGCCCUAGGGGACAGGCUGGACCAGGAGCACCACCCCACCAGCUUCGGCUGGGCACUUGAGACUGUGGGGGCCUCCUACAGGGACCUAGGUCGAAAGACCAGACCCUGGUGCUGCUGGCAGCAUGUGACAGCACUGGGAGCCACAGUGGGCCCCUAG